AUAGCUAGCGACUUUCCAUGGAAGAUUUAGCGACAUUAGCUACUUUUAGGUCCCAGCCUAGCGACAUUGGCAACCCUGGAAUUGUGUUGUUUAUACUGGUCACAGCAACACACGUGGAUGGUCUCCUGGAGCUGUGUUGCUGUUGUGUUGUGUCAUGGAGAAACAACACUGGUCAACACCCAUCUGGAAUUUGGAUAAGAAUAUCCAAUAUAACAAUAAGGGUCGACGUCAUUAUGUAUACCCAGACUGGGGUAAUGUAGGGGCCGGGUUGGAGGUCGACCCCCAGCAACACACUCCCCUUCAAGAGCAACUUUUGGAACACGACCCUGAGUCCACAAGGCAGCUCACUAAAUAUAGAUACAGGACACAGAAGGACAUUGAGAGAAAGUUCCCCUUGAAGAGGACCUUAGAGUUUGCCUAUCCCCUUCUCUCACCAAAGAAAAUAGUCUCUCCUAGUAAAGUGAUUAAUAGUAAACAUUCCGUAAUCGGAAACUGCUUGGAUAUGAUGGAGUUGAACGGCAUAAUUUAUUUGAUACAUCCGGUGUGGAAAAAUGACCAGCAACAAGUUGUGGCCUCCAGACUCAGUCAAGGUGGCAUCUUUUGUGAACCAAGUGAAUCUUUGGAAAAAAAAAAUUUUUUUAAGUUGAAAAAAUUUGCUCAUGUGUCUCAAGAUGAAACUAUUUCUCAAAUUGUGUCAAAAGAAGUGAACAAUAAUGGCUAUAUAGUAAUUCAGUCUCAAAGAAAUGCAGAGCUUGUUUCUCUCGGUGAAAGACAAGAGUUUACAAGUUCUAAAUGUGAUAUAAUAAAUAAUUCCUUGAUAAGUGAUGUAGAUUUGAAUGACACUCUUCCAGGUGUUUGGUCAUUGGCUUCUUCAAAUGGGGAGAUUUAUCUGCAUGACGCUAAUGUUGAACGCUGUACAUGGAGCAUCAACUUAAAAAACAAAUGGAAUGAAUCUGAUUUGUCCAACUAUCAAUGUAAUUUUGGUAGGCAUCCAAUGUCUCUUAUGGUAGGUAAUGAGUCUGCUAUUUGGGUGUGUGAUACACGCAUCCAUGUUGAUGCCAUUCAUAAGAAGCAACACGGAGUUAAUGAUAAUACUUUACGUACAUUGUUAGAAGUUAGGGAGAUGAAAAAGUAUUUUGCAGAUUUUGAAAAAAUAAGUUCUUUCUCAAAACUGGGUGACAUGCCGUAUGUUUAUGUAGUGGCUGGAAGUUCUGUGUUUGUGAUGGAUGAACGGAAUUGUAAAAUGCCCAUCAUGAAUUGGAGACACAUGCUAUAUGAAAUGCCAUCCUAUACAAGCAGACUUAAAUUUGGUGAUCUGGAUUUCCUUAUGUUGGCAAACAAACAAGAGAAGAAAGUAAGUGUAAUUACUAGUGAAUGGAUCACAGACAACUACAACACUUGGUGCCGAGGUGUAAGUUUACCCAAGCAUUUCUCAAUUGCCUGUGACACACUAAACUUUGCCCACAAACAAAAUCUGUGGUUUGGAAACCAAGUGCAGGAACGGUUUGACAGCAGCUGGGCAGGUGUGACUUCAUGUGUCAACCCAAAUGACAAAGCUGGCAUGUUGUUUUUCUCAUUGUAUGGAAAUGGUGACAUUUUUUCACAAGAAUUUAGAGUUGAUCAAAAUGAUACAGGUUUGCCACACAGUGAACCUGAAGACAUCACUCAAUAUGGUAAGGAUAUAUUAAGUAGAUGGGAGGAGAAGACUGUUGAAGUAAGUGUAAAUAAGUUACCAAACAAAAGUUUCUCCUACUACAGUGCACUACCAUUUUAUCAGAGAGUAACCAAUAAAACCAUUUCCAAGGAAUUGGAUGAACUGUGUGGCAGUGGACCAGACUUUGAUGACAUACUUGAAGGACUGCCAGAUAUUGAAUUUGGUGACUCUGUUGAUGGCAAGUCAGGCAGUAAUAAGAUGGAAAAAGUCAGUGAUAUUUGGAACGUGAACGAGUAUGUUUGGAAUCUGAUAUAUUCAAGGAAAAGAAAAAAUGUUGGCAAAGGGCUUAAAAAUGAUUUUCAGCAUAAAUUGUGGCUAAAAAAAAUGGUGGGUGACUACAUCUCAGAUGACAAGAUCAGAAAUAUGAAAGUUUUACCUGAUUCUGGUUAG